UUCAAAAAAAAUCCGACACUGCGUACUCAUGACUUUAGUGAUAAUAAUGUGCUGAUAAGUGGGUACGUACCUAUAGUUUGGACAUUUCCUGCUCGCAGUUUAUCGAGUGUAGACGUGUUUAAUUAAUAAAAUAAUUAGACUAUCAGUUAUAAAAGUCAGAAUAUAGUGGUAAGCUGUUUCAUAGAUUAGGAAGUUUUGUGUUAUCAAAAAUGUCGACGAAAUACUACGUCGUAAAUUUUCUGAACGAAGAUAAGCCGGAGUACCGAGUUGUGCUAGAUAAGCCAGACUGCGUAGUCGUGCCGGAGUCGUGGGUAAAAUACCAUUAUUCAGAUUACACAGUCGUAUUAGUUUACCCCGACGAGGUGGUUAAUGAAGAAAGUGUUAGGAACGACGAGACACCGGCGGCCGGCUGGAAACAAUAUCUCUGCCAAAUAAUAGAUAUAUGUGAUACCUACAACGAUGCAAAGAGAGCUGCUAUGCAGAAAAAUGAAAGGUAGAAAAGAGAAAAAAACAUCGCAAAUGAACGAUAGAGAGUCAAUAGAAGUAAAACGAGAUGAUAAUUGCAAGAGAAGGCGUACCAUGAGAAGUACAGCACACGAAA